AUGCCUGCGCUGUUCUGGGGGCAAGCGCACGGACCUGUGCUGACGUUGGUGUUUGGGGCAGCAGCUGUCCAGUAUGCGGCGCUAGCGCGUAUUGAGUGCUUUUAUGAGUCUGAAAAGUAUGCUGGUACCUAUUUAACAUGGGACGCAGCACGUCAGGCACGUGUGUGCAAAGACUACGAAGCCUUCAAUUUGCCAUUGGCGUACGUCGCGCAAUGGCUGCAAGCUCUCCGUUUGGCUACGGAGCCCCGUUCGGAUCCUGAUCCUUUGUUGCCGUGGUGGCAUACGCACUGUUCUGAAGAAGAGAAUGCCCUGUUGGCUGACUUGCUGGAGCGUGGUAUUCUCCAAGACAAUGGCGAACUUCAUCCAUCUACGCCUGCUACCUACCUAAUCUCCGCGCUCGCCUCGAAGGCCGAAGUAUCUCUGGCGCAUGAGCGACUGCAUGCAUUGUACUAUCUAUCGCCACGCUACCGUGCCAUUGUGCAAGACCAAUGGGAAGCCAUGCCACGUGCCAUUGCCUCUGCCGUGCAGUACGACUUGCAAAUGCGGGGGUACAAGGCGUCGGUAUGGCAAGACGAACUUGGGGCCUACUUGGGCGUCCGAAUUCCCACGACAUCGCGCCGAGACGACCCUAGCAACGAAUUCGGCAACAAAAGCGCCAGCACCUGUGCUGACAUCCGACGUGUGUUGCUGCAACAGAUUCCCCAAUGCUGGCGUGACGAUGUCGGUGUCGACGAAUCUACGUUGUACCUCUCUCAAGAAUACAUAGACCAAGCUAAGCAGGCCCUUAUGCCGCCGCCGCCAGCGCCACGGCCAGCCAAGGCGUCCCAAGUGCGGCGUGGGCGUAAGCGGUAG